AUGGAGCAAGCGCAUCUCCUCGGGAUAGAUCUUGUUUGGGCAUGUGGAGCGAUUCUAGAACUAUUCGUUGGAAUUGGGUUCUGGGACUCGUCUGCAACAUGGCAAUGGGGAUACUAUAUCAACUCUAUCAUCGAUGCAAUCACAAGUCCUGUCUAUUUGUUUUCCCUCCUAUCAAUCCAUCCGGCUCGUUCGGAGCCGCUGGAAGGUCGACUGGCUAGUUUGGACUGUGUUGCAACAUUUGUCCUGAGUGCAGGAAUGUGGACCACUUUCGCUAUGGGGUUGAUUUUUACCAGAGGCAUGUGGCAGAGGAACGACGGUCGUGCUUUUACAGUUGGGUUGCUCUCCUUACUCUUUAUACCCUGCAACAACCCUUCUACAGUUUCACAACACCCGAGUCAGAUCAUUCCCCUGCCACCUACUCAGGUCCUGCACUCACAUACUGUUCUAUAUAAUGGCUACUGGUGCCAAUACAUCUGGUGGGGCCUCUCUAAGAUCAAAUAUUAUAUGAGAUUCUCGCCACAGUCAUGUACACUGUUUGCCAGACUUAAUAAUAGUGAGCUGCAGACUGCAGCAAUUCGAGCCAUCACUGAGGUGAUGAUACGGGAUGGUUCCGCCCGUCGUCCGGCAGCACCUGUCCCGGACGCUCGGAGCCGGCUACCACCCCAGGAUGCGCAGCAGUCGAGAAGUGGAUCAACCGAACAUGAACCUGAAGGUUACCAGCCUAGCAAGAACUGUGCCAUAGCCAAGACUUUUGGAUACUUUGAGGAUAGCAACACUAACACGAUGACUCUGCUGCGGAAUUCCAACUUCAGCUUAGGCGUAUACCAGACCGCCAAACAAGUUAUCCACGCUCCCAGCUUCUUAGCCCACUAUCAGAGAUGGUGGCCCAAAAAAGAGAACCCAAUGGCUGUGUCUGAUAUCGAGUUUGCAACUCUUAUUGCUCUCAUUGGUUCUUAUGCAACGCUGUUUCUACCUUCGCCCUCCCACAACGUCGAAAACAUCUGUGGCCGGUCACUCUGUGAUAUUCGCGACACAUGCAGUGAUAUUGGAGAGAAACUUGCCAAAUCAUGUGAAGGGGGUACAGCUCAGUUUUGGGAGGGCAUAGCUUCUGCGUGCCGAGCCGCUCAGAAGGCUGGUAUUUACACAGUGCCUACCGAUACGCUAGAUUCCUCCCUUUCCACUGGAGAUAGUGCCCAAGAGCUAGAAAGAGAGGUCCGGGAUGACUUUCUUCACUCUUUAUGUUUUGGACAGCCAUUUAGCCAGACAGCUAGAUCGGGUCCCUUUAUUACCCGAUUAUUUGGUCGCAGAGACAUUGCCCCGGUUGGCCUGAUCUCGGACCAUGGCAAUUUACCGCCAGGCGCCCAUGUUAAUGCUCCAGAUAAGAACUCCCCGUAUGACCCAACGGAGCGGGAGCACAGAUAUGAGAGACUCUGCGCCGAGUAUCUGCCUACCCUAGACCCAGCAUUCGCUAUAGAUCACCCGGACAUGACAUGGGAUAUAUCUCUUCCAAAUUUACCUAUGCAAAGGCAGCUCUUGUACAUCGCUAUUUACGACUCACUCUAUUGGAAUUUCCGGACAGUUCUGCUGCUCAAACCAGGCUAUAUCGACAGCCUCCACCCUUAUAAGCGAGUACUUGUCCAGUCCCAAAAGCAGAGACUUGGUCUGGCUGCAAUGAAAACGCUCGAGGCUGUUACCACCCUCCAUUCAAUGUUUGGUGUCUCUUGUACCCGCUUUGCCGUCAUUAUCUUCAACACCUUCGAGGCUACCGUUUUGUUGCUGUACCUUUGCGCCCAUGCGGAUUUUCCAUUUGAGCAGGGAGACAGAAACACUGAUAUACUGGGCGUGAAGCUUAAACUGACCUAUCAAAGGGCGAUUCAAGUGAGUAGGCAGGCUGUUAAUCGUCUGCAAAUGCUGGCCGAGAUGAGCGAGAUGGCUGCGUCCGGCGCUGAGGUGACGGCUCAGCUUUUCAUCAAAGGUGUCAGGGCCAGGCAGCUUCAAAGCCCAGGUACCGCCGCUCCGGCUAGUCCUGAUACUUCAUGGAAACCUCCAGAUCAGCCUACUAUGGAGGCCAUCAAUGAUAUCCAGGACCAGUGGGGGUUCUUAGAACAAGAAAAUCCCGUUUUGACGACGGACAUGUUCUCCUCAAUAUUACAAGACGAUUCCUUUUCAAAUCUGCAGCAGUCAUCACUGGAGAUCCCGAUGGCAUGGAGAGGUACGGGGAUCUAG